UUCUGCUCUUUAAUAAUUUACUGUCAUUUUUUUCUUCCUAGUUCAGAGAGCCAAAAUGAACAGAAUUAGCAGAAAAUGAGCAAAUGAGCAGAAUUAGCUAAGAAAGCAGACUUUUCUUCUUGCUUAGUUUUUCAGGAGCCACCAACUCCCUCCUUGUGACCAACAAUCUUUAGUGUUGGAAGGGAGAUCAUCCAGCCCAAGGCAGGGGCACCUGGAGCAGGUGGCACAGGAACACGUCCAGGCUGCUCCGUGCUCCCUGGAAGAUGGAUUACGCCAAAUCCCUGAGCCAGCGCCUGGCUGCCCCCGUGUCCAAAUGUGUCUCUGCCAGUGCCUCCAUGACCCAGCAGCUGCUGGCAGGCCCGGCCCCACCGUCCCGGCCCUACCGCGUGUGCAACUGCGACCGCAGCCUGCGCAAGGGCGUCAUGGCCCCGAGCCUCGCCGAGCUGCUGUGCCAGGCUCAGAGCGCCCUGGCCCUGCUGGCGCCCAUCGUGCUGGUGCUGGAUGAGGAUGGCACCGCCGUGGAGACAGAGUCCUUCUUCCGGACGCUGGAGGAGGGCACGGCGCUGAUGGCCCUGAGCAAGGGACAGACCUGGACUGCCCCCAAGACACGUGGCUACCAGGUGAGUCUGUCCCGCAAGCCCCCGCGCAGGAUCGACGUCGCCUGCGUCACCUUCGACCUGUACAAGACCCACCCGAAGGACCUGGGCUGCCUCAACGUCAAAGCCACCCUGUAUGGCACCUACAGCAUGUCCUACGACCUGCGCUGCUACGGGGCCCGGCGCCUGGUGAAGGAAGCCCUGCGCUGGGGGCUGUUCACCAUGCAGGCCACGGGCCACGUCCUGCUGGGCACCUCGUGCUACAUGCAGCAGCUCCUGGAUGCCACCGAGGAGGAGCAGAAGGAAGAGGAGAAGAGCCCGCUGCCCCUUCAGAACCUCCUGCCCUGCAGCCUCCCCGCCCUGCCCUACAAGAAGAUGUCGCAGUGAGGGUUGGCUGGCCUGGCCUGUCCCCUCUGCUGUCCCCCCAUCCUCGGGGGUCCCAGCACCCCGCUAGGUCAAUGCCUGGGCUGAGGCUGCCGCGGUGCCUGGCACAGCCUCUCCUUGCACUCUGCUGGCUGAGUGUGGCCAAAUCUGCUCUGGAAUAGCUGCUGCUCUGUAAAUAUAUUUAUUUAAGUAAAGUUCUCCCGAAUUCAGCUGCA